AUGGGGAAACCCGGCGAGCCAACACGUCUUCUCGACGCUAUCGAUCCACCGGUCGGCGUGCUCCCCCGCUUCUGCCGCGACACGCAGACGACCAUCAUCCUGCAGGACAAGGUGUUCAAUGUCUCGGGUGACAGCUUCAUCGUGUGCGACACUGGGGGAGGACAGAUUCUGCGGUGUGCUGCCAAGGGCAUGUCGUUGAGGGCCAAGAAGGGUGUGUUGCAGCUUGUCCGCGUCUUUAUGCGCACCAAGCUCGUGACCUUGCUCAGGAAGAAGGUCGUAGAGGACCCACAGGGGAAUGAGCUCUUCCGCAUAGACCAGAAGCUUGGCAUCAAGACCAAGAUGCACACCACGUUCAAAGACGCGUCGACUGGCAAGGACACCACGCUCGCGCUCAAGGGCGACGUUUUCCGUUUCAAUGCCGAGAUUAUGCUCGAUAACGAGGAGGGGCCGGUGGUGGGCACCAUUUCGCGCGAGUACUGGAACGACGGCGGCUGGCGCAAAAACAAGCAGACGUAUUACGUGACUGUGGCGCCAGGGAUGGACCUUGCGCUCAUGAUUGUGUUCUGUAUUGCCUUUGAUGAGCUCAAGCAUGAGCAGCAUGGAAGCUCAGGUGGUGGGGGUCAGUGA